AUGGCGGUCCGUCAGUGCAUUUUCUUCGGAUUCCUUCUGUCCAUCCCUCUCUCUUCCUUCGGCCUCUCUUCAUUGGACAAUGGAAACAUCGGCCAGAAUGGACUGUACAAUGAGAACGAUCAUCUCACCAUAUUUACUGAUGUGAACUUCGGUGAUUCUCUUGGUGCCAGCGGUACGGCUUGGAUCAUUCAAUUCUACAAUACGUGGUGUGGACAUUGCCAAGCCUUUGCGCCAACUUGGAAGCAAUUUGCCAAUGAAGUUCAGUCCUGGCACAAGUUCAUCCGUGUGGGUGUUGUAGACUGUGCUAAUGAGGAGAAUCUAGGUCUCUGCAGAGAGUUUGAUGUUCAGCUUUAUCCCACCAUCAAAAUGUUUCCACCAAGACUGCAAGGAUCCCAAGGAACCACAGUAUUGGAUAAGACUCCUGAAUCUAUGAAGGCAGAAGUAAUCAGUUUUGUGACUCAACUUCAACAAUCUCAGCAACUUUCUAGUUCAAUGCAUCUAGGAGCUUACAUGGGACCAACUCUCCCUGCAGUGAGGCAAAAUGCAGUUCUCAUUGUUGAUAGUGAAAGUGAGCUUGGACUCUUCCCCCGUCAGAUAUUGCUAGCACUGUCUUCCUAUGAAGUUAUAGAUGGCUAUUGGACCACCAUAAGGAAUGUGGCUCUUAUGAAAGUGCUUGGAUCACCAACACCACUCCCAGCUGUGUUUAUAAGAGAUGAGAGCCAGAAUUGGAAGCAACUCAAACUGACAUCUCUCUCCCUACAAGAAGCUAUCAAGUCUAUUUUGGCAAGUAUCAUGACAACCUCCAAAAUUGGAGAUUUGGCCAGCAAUAGUUUCCCAUCAAAGAUUAUGGCAGUGCAUAUGGUAGAUAUGGAAAAUGGUAUUAGUUAUGCCCUUCGCCAUGAAGUGUCUAGUCACAAAGUUAUAUCUGGAGAAGACCUAUUAAGUUUGCAAAUCUUUGUGAGAACUUUAGGUAGGUACUUCCCAGGCAGAAAAGAAGUGAGGCAGUAUCUAUCAGAACUAGGUGAAUGGAUACAGAAACAUGAUGAUGCACUUGAUGGAGAAACUCUGGAAUCCUAUUUGGCUGAGAAGCGGAACACUGAUACCUUUCUCCCAUAUCACACAGACUAUAAAGCCUGCAAAGGAAGUAUGCCACGAUAUCGUGGAUAUCCUUGUAGCCUGUGGACACUCUUUCAUACACUGACAGUGUCAGCAACAGUAAAUGAUACUGGGGGCAAUGGGAAAGAGGUGUUGGGAGCCAUACUAGGCUACAUCAAGCAUUUCUUCAGCUGUAGAGAGUGCUCUGAGAACUUUCAGAAAAUGGCACAGGAGUCAUUACAUAUGGUUUCAAGUGGAGAUGAAGGUGUAAUCUGGCUCUGGAGAGCCCAUAAUCAAGCCAAUAAAAGGCUCAGUGGUGAUGUGAGUGAAGAUCCUCAGCACCCUAAAGCACAGUUCCCACCAAAGACCAUCUGCCCUGAGUGCUACACUCCCAAUGGUAUGUGGGAUGAGGGGCAUGUCCUCACUUUUCUCAAGCAUUUCUAUGGACCUGAAAGUAUCACUCAUGAUGGCCUGCAACAGUUCAAUGGGAAGUUAGAGCAGAGGCACAAAAAUGCUGGCAACUUUGCAUCAAAACCUGCCCCAUUUAAAAAUAAAGAACAGCAUAAAGUGGCUUUACAGUUGCAUGAAGACUCCCUGAGGCCCAUUGUACUUCAGAAGUCUUUCACUGUCUUGGGCUUUGGAUCUGGAGAUAUAACUUUCUGCCUUGGGCUGUAUUUUAUUUCUGGAGCCAUUCUUGUUCUUGUGUAUUAUUUCCUUGUUGUCAGAAAGAGGAAAUGGUUCAAAGAAUUGUACCGGUUCCAUCGCUUGGUUUAGUGCCUCAAUUUACUGGUUUAUGAUGGAAUCCUCAGUUGUGAUAAUGCAUCUCAAAUAUGUGAUAAAUGUUAUUGCUGAAUUCAUUCACAUUGGUAACCCUACAAAAUGCCUCCCAUUGUGAAGUAACUCAUUCUAUUGUAAAAACAGUAUCAUUUCUGUUCUCUCAUGUUUCGCACUCACAUGAAAUGUUUAACUUUCCUAUUUCAUGGACUCUGACC